AUAGAAAUGGCAGAAGAAAGACAACCUACUCCUGAACAUAUUAAAGAAAAAUAUAAAACACUACCUCCUACAAAAGAAGAAAAAAGAGGAUUUUGUUGUUUAAAUAGACAAAUCCAAUUAGCACAACUUAAACCACCACCACCAGUAUUUGAAAUUUUACUUACAGAAGAAGAUCCAGAAUCUAAUAAACUUUUUAUUUUUAAAAUAAUAACAUAUAAUCAAAUAUUUGCUUUUAUAUCAAUUGGUGAAGUUUAUACUUAUAAAAUUCAAAGACAACAUUAUUAUCAACAUGGUUCUUUAAUGCCUAAAAAACUUAAAGAAAAAGAACCUAAACCAAAAUUUGCUCAAAUAUAUUUUUAUGAUAGUGAUAAUUUUGAUAGCCAACUUAAUAGAAGACAUAAAAUAAUGAAUAAAAAUAAACCAUUAAAUAAGGAUAUAUUAAGUGAACUUCAAUUUGAAUU